CCUGUUCGGGUCCGACCCGACCCCCGACACGACCCGAAGAACCUGAGGCGCGACCCGGCCGCUGGACCUUUGCCCUCUCUUGUCGCCUGUAACGCCCGCUUUGUCGCCCGCCGUCUUCACGUGCUUACAACACUACCCUCUUACCGCUCCUACUCGUCGUCGUCUCCGUUACCAUUCUCUUCGCACGCUUCUUCGGCGCCUAAAGCCGCCGCCACCUCUCCCAGCGUCCUGUUCCUGUCCACGAAAUUUCGAUAUAACCGACUCGCGCGUUGCUGUUCCUCUCGAUCUCGGCAGGACGACACGUAAGGGUUUCCUCCACCUUUCCACGCACGGAGCAGCCCUUCUUUCUUCCCCCUCCGUCUUCUCCUGCUUCAUCAGCAGCACCGGCAGACCGCCGUGGUGAACGAGUACAGUUCCUGCACCAGCUCCUCCGCUAUACGACUACCACCAUCGCCCUGCUCCUUCCAGUAGACUCGCCGCCGCGAGACACACGCGUUGGUUUGAAACCGGCUUGAAGGACGUCACGACCGGCUUUUCGAAACACGCAUACGUAGACGAAUACAUAUACACCCAUACACGUGCGAUCCAGUACACCCUCAGCGGCGACCAACUGCCUGUGUGUACAUAAAGGAAGGGAGAUACUUGUGCAAAAGCGCGCGCGUCUAGAGAGUACGCUCUUCUUGGUCGACGUUUAGCUUCGAAGGCUUUCAAGCUUUGCCCGACUACUACAACUAUUCUACUACUACCACCAUUACUACUACUACUAUUAUUACUACUGCUACUACUACUACUACUACUACUAUUACUACUACUACUACUACUACUACUACUACUACUACUACUACGCCCAGGCUACAGCUUCUCAAGUACGGUGUGCUGCAAGAUUAAGGGAGGACAGAGGAAAUAUAGUGAAUAAGGAGUCGAUAGAUGAGAUCAACGACCUACGACGACGCCUUAUCACGAAGCCAGGAGUAGCGCCAUCCCGCCUAAAAUCGACCAGUGCCUAAUCGCUGUCGAUAUAUAGCUUCACAUUUUUCGCUUCUUCUCUUUUCCCAGUGAGAUAUCUCUCCUCAUCCUAUCCUCUCUCGCCUGCAUACAUUUAGCUUUUACGCCUUCCCGGAGAUUAUCGUGUGAGAAACGCGUGCAGCAUCAAAACUCGGCCUACGGAGAUUAAAGAAUUUCGCAGAAACGCGAAUCAUCGACAACAACGCCUAAGCCGGCCGCCGCCGUGCUCCUUCGAUUAAUUCUCGUCACGGAAUCCGAUAUCAGGCGAGAGAAAAAGAACGGCGAUAAGCCACGCUUGAAACAGCCGACGCUGCUGAUAAACGCGAGUCUUCGUCAGACGAUUCGACGUAUCGCGCGACGACAACGACGACGAGAGCCAAGCGCGAUUUCGAGGUGAGGAAGAACGAAAUUACAAGACACGGUGAUUUCUCACGCGGAAGAUCUACGCACAGGAAGACAGACGCGGAUCAUCGUGUACAUGGGACACUAAGAUCAUCGCAUCGCACUUAAACGAGAGAUCUUCUGCCGUAAGGUAUACAGUCACAAGUAGUUACAUGACUCUGAGGCACACGCGGGAUUUCGCAUAAAGUGUGUUUGUGUGUGAAUGGUAGAGGAAGGUGAGAGGGAGAGAGGGAGAGAAAGGGAGAGAGGAAGGGGUGAACGUGUGCACAUGAGCGAGUGGUGAGAGAAGCUGACGAGACGAGGUGGCGAAAGUGGUGGAACGAAAGGGUUCAGUACUGGACUUGGCGAAAUCCCGUGAACAAGUGCCGACGAGUUCGUGUCGCGAGGUGGUCGUACUCCAUAAACCGAAACGUCUAUAUCCUUGACAAGAUUAGUUGACGCGUGUGUACGCGACCGGAGAAAAGGAGCCGAUCAUCACGAGCAAGAGUUUAGAACGGCAGAAAGAGUGAAAGAGAAAGAGAGAGAGAGAGAGAGAGAGAGAGAGAGAGAGAGAGAGAGAGAGAGAGAGAGAGAGAGGGAGAGAGAGAGAAAGAAAGAGAGAGGAGAGUCCGGGUUACUACUCUCUCACGGUAGAGGCCAACGGACGGCGGGGACUCUCGAUCUUCCAGGAGUGGAAGAAUGGCAAUGGUCAGCAUGAAUAACCUACUGAACGGCAAGGACUCGCGGUGGCUGCAACUGGAGGUUUGCAGGGAGUUCCAGCGCAACAAGUGCACCAGGCCCGACACGGAGUGCAAGUUCGCCCAUCCACCAGCUAACGUCGAGGUGCAGAACGGACGGGUGACCGCCUGCUACGACAGUAUCAAGGGUCGGUGUAAUCGAGAGAAGCCACCUUGCAAGUAUUUCCAUCCCCCACAGCAUCUGAAGGACCAACUCUUGAUAAACGGGCGCAAUCAUUUAGCGCUGAAAAACGCGCUGAUGCAGCAGAUUCAGCAGGGCCUUACGCCGGGUCAGACUCUCGUGCCCGGGCAGGUACCCGCAGUGGAGGCACCAGCACCUCCGGCACCACACCAUCACCUUCAACAGCAAAUCCAGCAGCAACUUCUCGCUACCCACGCCUUUAUGGCGACGAAUCCGUACCUGACCGGUAUGCCGCAGGUUAGCAAUACGUACAGCCCGUACUUCGCGCCCAGCCCGAUAAUGCCGGCGAUAAUGGGCCCGGCUGACCCAACGGGCGUCGGCAGUCCGCUCGGCGUGGUACCGCAGACAGUAGCGAUGCCGCAGAAGAUGCCACGUACCGACCGCCUCGAGGUAUGUCGCGAGUUUCAACGCGGGGCGUGCAAACGCGGCGAGACGGAGUGCCGGUUUGCGCACCCCCUCGAGACGGUGCAGGCGAACGAGGACGGCUCUGUGACGGUCUGCAUGGACGCUGUCAAGGGCCGAUGCAAUCGGGACCCCUGCCGCUAUUUCCACCCCCCUCUGCACCUUCAAGCCCACAUUAAGGCCGCACAAUCUCGGGCUAGCAUUGCGAUGGACAUGAAGUCUGUCGGGUCGUUCUACUACGAGAACUUUGCCUUCCCAGGGAUGGUUCCGUAUAAACGACCGGCGGCCGACAAGUCCGGCGUGCCGGUCUAUCAGCCUACCGGUGCGACGACCUAUCAACAGUUAAUGCAGCUGCAGCAGCCCUUCGUGCCUGUGUCAUGUGAGUACACUGGAACACCACCCCUACCCACUCAAACCUCUAACCAAUCGGUCGUGCAACCCCCGAACGUGCAAAGCAACCACCACGCGAUAGUGGUGCAAUCCUCCUCCUCCCAGGGAGCCGCUGGCGCAACAGUCAAUAACUGCGCUGACGCCAACAAUGGCGUGCUGAUGGAUCCCAACAAUCCGCCGCCGCCACCUCCGACCGCUGACAAUAACAGUAACAAUAGUAACGGCAAUAACAAGCAACCGAUUACCACGCAGAAUCAUGAUGAAAAUUCGCGUAACUCCCCCGAAUUGAAUCAUUCGAGUCCGUCGUCUCUGCAGCAGCAACAACAACAGCAACAGCAGCAGCAGGUAUCUCAACAACAACACCAACACCAACAGCAACAACAACAAAUCAACCAGUUGGCGCUAUCACCAGCGAUGAGUCCAUUGACUUCUAUGGCCAGCCUGACCUCAAUGCCUGGUAUGGUGAACAUGGCCUCGAUGGCUUCUAUGGCCUCCAUGGCAAAUAUGUCAUCGAUAACGAACAUCACUUCAAUGGGCAAUUAUAACGCUGCUUCUAAUAUGGCGAGCCUAAAUAUGCUCAACAGUCUCGGAAUGGCCUCUGGAUUACCAGCUCCUCUCGAUCCAGCGACUCUCGCCAAAGAGGUCGCCCAGAAAAACUAUGCUAAAGCCCUUAAGCUCUCGCAGGUCUCGCAGUCUUACGGCAUUGGUCAGCUCGCACUUAAUUACACUGGCGUCGCUCUGAAUAAACAAAAUCUCAUGAAUCCCGCCGCGGCGGCCGCCGGGAAUCCCGCGGUGGCAGCAGCCAAUCUGCAAGCCACCGCGGCGACUCCCAGACCUGUCAUCCCGAGUCUGGCCGGUAUCCCGAGUGCCUUGACCUCACCGCUGUCCGCGGGUAUCUUGGCGUACUCCAGACCGCCACCCACAGCGACCCCCCUAAAUCCAUAUUCUCUGAUCAGGCAGCAGAUCUUGCCGAAUCCAUAUGUUCAGUCGAUACCCGGUGCUGCGACCGUACAAACCAAUCCCUACGUCCAGAAUCCAUACGCUGUUCUACCUGCAGUGGCCAGUGUACCCGGAGUAGCGGCAGGCGUCGCGGCCGCGGCUGCGGCCGCAGGUGUACCGCAGAUACCGCAGAUAGGCAACCCGGCGACAAUAGCGGCGCAGCCGCAGGUAGCGAUCCCCGUCAGUUCUGGGGUGAUCAUGCAACCGUACAAGAAGAUGAAGACAUCGUAAA